GGUCCUUCAUCUUUCAUUUUCAUUUUCAUCCAUUUUUUCUCACUCUUCCUCUCUUAAUCGAUUAGAACGACACUCAGACACACACAUACAAGAUACAACUCAUCUUUCUAGGGUUUCUGAUUUCUGUUCUUCAUCUAUUUCUAUUUCCUUGAUUUCUUUCAAGGAGAUCUUGCGAUUAAUUUUCCCUUUUUUUCUUUCUGUCUUGGCUCGAGAUCCAGGCCAAGUACAGAACUAUUGUUUUUUAGGAGUAAUUUUUUUCGGCUGUUGAUUCUUUAGGUUUUAGGUUUGUUUUUGAUUUUGAUCGAAACCGCUCAAGUUUUAUAGCUAUUGUCAUCAUUUUGAGGUAUUAACUUGAGUUGAAGGAUUCAAGAUGGCGUCGAAGGAGUCAAAGGAGGGAUUCUUGACUGAAGAACAGAGAGAGAUAAUGAAGAUUGCUUCCUUGAAUGUAGAGAAUUCAAUACCGGCUCCUUCGAAGAUUUUAUCAUCUUCACCAAAAGGUUUGGCAUCUUCACCAAAACUGACUUCUAGUAACCUUUCUGACCAUCAUGCCAGAGGUGGUGGCGGCGGUGGUGGUUAUAAGGCGCCUGCUGUGAGAAAUGUUCGGCGGUCACAUUCUGGGAAGUUUAUUAGAGUUAAGAAGGAAGGAGGUGGUGGUAAGGGAACUUGGGGAAAGCUUCUUGACACCGAUGGUGAAGUGCAUCUUGAUCGCAAUGAUCCUAACUAUGACAGUGGGGAGGAGCCAUACAAGCUUGUCGGAACAACUGUCACUGACCCUCUUGAUGAUUACAAGAAAGCUGUGGUUUCGAUCAUAGAGGAGUAUUUCAACACUGGCGCAGUGCAAGUGGCUGCAUCGGAUCUUAGGGAACUAGGUUCAAGUGAAUACCAUCCUUAUUUUAUUAAGAGGCUCGUGUCAAUGGCCAUGGACAGGCAUGAUAAGGAGAAAGAGAUGGCUUCUGUUUUACUCUCAGCUCUUUAUGUGGAUGUUAUCAGUCCUGGUCAAAUCAGUCAGGGUUUCAUUCUGCUGCUUGAGUCUGCUGAUGAUCUCUCUGUUGAUAUACCUGAUGCUGUGAAUGUACUUGCCUUAUUUAUUGCUCGUGCUGUUGUUGAUGAUAUCCUUCCACCAGCAUUUGUCACGAGAGUGCAGAAAAAUCUUCCAGAAUUAUCUAAAGGGCUUCAAGCCGUUCAGAUUGCUGAGAAGAGCUAUCUUUCUGCCCCACAUCAUGCUGAACUUGUGGAGCGCAAAUGGGGUGGUAGUACUCACCUUACAGUUGAAGAGGUGAAAAAGAAGAUCUCUGAUCUGUUGAGGGAAUAUGUGGAAAGUGGAGAUGCAUUUGAAGCCUGUAGGUGCAUCAGGGAACUGGGGGUUUCGUUUUUCCAUCAUGAGGUGGUGAAGAAAGCUUUAGUCCUUGCUAUGGAAAUCCGAUCGGCUGAAUCUCUCAUCAUGAAAUUGUUGAAGGAAGCAUCAGAAGAGGGCUUGAUAAGCAGCAGUCAGAUGAUUAAGGGUUUCUAUCGUGUCGAGGAGAGCCUUGAUGACCUUUCUCUGGACAUCCCAUCCGCCAGAUUGCUGUUCCAAUUCUUGGUACCUAAGGCAAUUUCUGAUGGAUGGCUUGAUGUUUCAUUUUCAAAACCGUCAUCUGAAGAUGAAGAAUUCCCUAAACACGAUGAUGAGAAGUUGAAACGGUACAAGGAGGAGGUUGUGACAAUAAUUCACGAAUACUUCCUUUCUGAUGACAUUCCUGAACUCAUUCACAGUCUUGAAGAUCUUGGGUCUCCGGAAUUAAAUCCAGUAUUUCUCAAGAAGCUGAUCACCCUUGCCAUGGACCGAAAAAAUAGGGAGAAAGAGAUGGCAUCUGUUCUCUUGUCUGCACUUCACAUCGAGAUUUUUUCUACAGAGGAUAUUGUGAAUGGCUUUGUACUGCUCCUGGAAUCUGCUGAAGACACCGCACUUGACAUCUUGGAUGCCUCUAAUGAGCUUGCUCUCUUUCUGGCUAGGGCGGUUAUUGAUGAUGUUCUAGCGCCUUUGAACCUCGAUGAGAUUGCGAGCAAGCUUCCGCCAAACUGUAGUGGAAGUGAAACUGUACAUAUGGCUAGAUCGCUUGUUUUCUCUCGUCAUGCAGGUGAGAGGAUCCUUCGCUGUUGGGGGGGUGGCACAGGGUGGGCUGUAGAGGAUGCAAAGGACAAGAUAACAAAGCUUCUAGAAGAGUAUGAGAGUGGAGGUGUUGUUGGGGAAGCAUGUCAGUGUAUUAGAGACCUAGGCAUGCCCUUCUUCAACCAUGAGGUUGUGAAAAAGGCCUUAAUCAUGGCCAUGGAGAAAAAGAAUGAUCGGAUGCUUGAUCUUCUUCAGGAGUGCUUCAGUGAGGGGCUCAUCACGAUCAACCAAAUGACUAAAGGGUUUGCUCGUGUGAAGGAAGGGCUUGAUGACCUGGCGCUCGAUAUUCCAAAUGCCCAGGAUAAAUUCGGAUGUUAUACCGAGCAUGCCAAGAAACAAGGGUGGAUCCUGUCAGGAUUUGACUCUGCUUUAGAAGAUGGCUUGCUGGCUGCAGCUUGAGUGAGAAGAUGUUAUUUGGUGUUGUCUUCUCUCUUUGAUUUAACAGUAUUUGGCUCCUAUGAUGUUCUUUUAUUUACUUGGUUUUCACCAUCUGAUAUGAUAGAGUUUCUUUUGAGGUUUAGAUGUAUAAAGUCUUUCAUCUCUUAUCAAAGUUGACUUUGGCUUAGACUUCACAAAAACUUUGCAUUAGUGUUGGAAGAGGUAUGUAUACUCUAAUAUAUACUUCUGUUAUUUGUAAUUUGUCUGAAAAUGUGUUGUUAGAUAUCAUCCCUUGCUAAGUAGAUGUAAACUGCUGUAAAUUUUAGGCAUUGCAGGUUUGCAAGAAUAAAUCAAAAUAAUUGUAGUCGA